AUGCACAGAUUUAUUUUGAUCCCAGUCCUGGUUCAAGCACUUGUCCAGGCAGUGCCGUUGAUAUUCCACAAGGAAACGACCAAAUACGGCAUUGACGACCCAGAUCCGCGGAGCAAGGACAUCAUAGACUUGAGCUUCUAUGGCAGCAGCUUGCUUGGCAAGCCGGAUCAGGAGCUAACAGGCGCUCUGGUCGGCAAUUUCAGUGCCGACACAGAUGAUGUCAAUCCCGAGGAGCUGGGCAGCUAUCUGGAGGGAGAUAUGCUCGUGCCAGAGACGGCGAUUACUAUGAAAAAUGGCCUCAUCACACAGACUUCACGCUGGCCCGGCGGUGUGGUGCCGUACAAGAUACGAGGCACCUUUAAUGAAUUGCAAUUGGCUGUCAUUCAAGGGGCCAUCGAGGAGUACCACAGGCGCACCUGCAUCAGAUUCGUGCCGCACAGCGGCGAGAGGGACUACAUUUCUAUUAUCAACGAUUGGUCGGGCUGUUGGUCGGCAGUAGGUCGCGUAGGUGGGGAGCAGAAAAUUAAUUUGCAAACCCCUGGAUGUCUGAGACGACCCGGCACAGUGCUCCACGAGCUGAUGCACGCAUUGGGCUUCCUGCACGAGCAGAGCCGCAAGGAGCGUGACGACUAUGUGGCUAUCCAGUACAUGAAUAUUCGCUGGCGAGCUCUGAGAAACUUCAGGAAGGUGGAAAAUACCGAAGGAUUCGGAGUGCCCUACGAUUAUGGCAGCGUAAUGCACUAUUCAGGCAGAGCCUUCUCCUUUAAUGGCCAACCGACUAUUGUCGCCAAGCAAGCGGGUGGCUUUUCCCGAAUGGGUCAGCGUUUAGGAUUUUCUGAUUUGGAUAUAGAAAAACUGCAUCGGAUGUACGAUUGCGGUGCGCAGGAAACAACAGUGCCUGCAACAGAAGCUACGGCCUCCACCACAGUCUCUGGGAAUUCAACAACAACAACUACGACAGCUGCUAGUCCCAAUCCUGAUUCGACAACAUCUACGACAGUUGCUAGUCCCAGUCCUGAAAUUGAGGCUUUCCACAGCACUCUGUCGGGUCUUGUAGAUGGCCAAAAGGAGCAGAGAUUGUAA